UUUGUCUCCAGUUGCGCCGCAGAAGAGACUCCGCUCACUUGGCGGAGCUUUCGCUCUCACCUCCGCCUGCCGAGAGGAUGUCCGGGUUCCUCCCCGGGUGGUUGGCCCUGCACGCGCCCGUCUGAACAACUUCGUCCCGGGUCUGAUGUGUCCCCUCGGAGCGUCUUCUGCGAGAGAAUGCGUCUUCUCGUUUUGGUGACUUUAUUUGGAGUCCUUCUCGACGCAGGCGAUGCCCUUCAGAUCCAGUGCUACCAGUGCGAGGAGACGAAGCACAAUGACUGCUCCACGCCGGAGUACAUCGUCAACUGCACCGUCAACGUGCAGGACAUGUGCCAGAAGGAGGUGCUGGUCAAAUCGGACGGGACGCAUUAUCGGAAGUCCUGCGCCUCCUCCGGAGCCUGCCUCAUCGCCUCCUCGGGCUACCAGCAGUUCUGCACCGGCAGGCUCAACUCGGUCUGCAUCUCCUGCUGCAACAGCCCGCUGUGCAACGGGCCCCGGAGGAAGCGGCCCGCCCCCUCGGCGGGGACGUCCCAGCGGCCUCUCCUCCUCUUCCCCGCCUCCCUGCUGAUGCUCCUGUGUGUGACGUAGACUGAGCAUCAAAAAUACCCCCCCCCCCCCAUCCUCUCCUCUAUUGAUUGAUGAUACGAUCAAUACUACUACCACGUCUUAAUGUAUGAGUAUGUAUGAGGCUACAGCCAGUGGCUGGUUUGUUUAGCUUAGCUUAGCGCAAAACAGUGAGAAACCGUCUGGAUGCAACCAAAUCUCUAUUUGACUUCAUGGUUAUUUCCACAUUAGGAACACAGACAGAACCAGGCGGUUUCCGUCUUCGUGCUAACGCGCUAAGCUAACGGGACCGAUGCGUGAGCAGAGUAAACGUACGUUAGAGAACAAUCCAUUAAGGGAAGUCCUACGCUCAUCUUUUAUGAACAUUUUUCGUGAGAUUAAUUCAGGCUUUAUUGAGCGCGGGGAAUCAUUUAUUGCUGUUGUUACACACAAAAAAGGACCCGUUGAGGCACUUUCCCCUCCUUGGCUUUUUGUGACCAACCUGCUCUGAUGUUAUUUUCGGGUACUGCUACAAGUUGCUGUAAUGAAAUCUCUAAGCUUUUACUUUGUGGGCUUUCGUUAGUGAAAGGUUUGACUUGCGUCUUGUUAAUGCUGCUCAGAGUCCACAGGUUCUACUGAUUAUUCAACUAAAGGCUUCAUGUGUUGUGAUGCAAAAGGCCUCUUUGAUUAAGGCGAAUGUGAAUUUGGAGGCUUCUGAGCGCUUGUUAUCGGGGGAUAUUAAUAAUUCGAUAUGUGCACAUUUUCCACUGCCACGGAGUAUUGAUUGCCAUUUUGCUUCUUGGGAUAUGAAAGACGCUGAGAUGGAUUAGGAAAGACUAUUUGUGUUAUUGCUUUUUAAUCCUCCCUCAUAAAGUUGAUUCUGUCUCACAGCUGAUUACAUGUAUUAAUUAAUAUUCCAUGUCUUACUUUGUGAAAUGAGAUGUUGAACUGUCUUAGCGCUAAACUUGGAGAUAUUGUGUAAAUCUUAUAGACAAGUUAUAAGCACAAAUAAAUUCUCACUAGAGAAAUGCUUGAGGCUGAAGUCAGCAAGUCUUCAGAUCAUUUUCCUUUGGAAAUAACAAUAACUAUGUACAUAUGAUCAAAUCAUAGUAACGCGUGUAUCAGUAUUCUAUCGUCUCAAAACUGGUUUAUAUUUCCACCCAAGUUAAUCAUUUUUUAUUUGGCUCCUAUCAUUCCAUCGUCUUCUUCUUCAAUCUGUCCAGUGUCGUAUUCUCAAGUAGACAUCAACAAGGCCAAACUAGGUUUUAAUGCCACACGUGCUGAUUUUAAUGGUCGAAUGCCAAGAGGGACUUUUGUAAAUUGAUAAAUAUGAUUUCAGAGCUUCAUUCGACUGAAACAAAGACCAGAUCUUCCGAUAUAAACGUUCGUGGCAGUUUGGUCCGACUGGUCUUCUGUGAAGAGUAACGCUGUAUUCUGCUGGUUUGUGAUGUAAAUAAAUGCUGCAGAAACAA